CAGUAUUCAAAAUGGUGGAUAGAGAGAUAAACGCGCGAAAAUUCAGUGUACAGUUUUAGAGAUUUUUUACCGUACUCCAUUGAAUAAUAGUGACCAAAAACUUCAAUUUCAGCAAUAUCAGAGGAAAAAGUUAAUCUUCGUGCGUUAAAAUGGGGGUAAGGCGCCUGUUUAGUUUGAAAGUUGUGCAUAAAGCUGACGACUCAGACUGCUUUUGCGGCGCAAUGCAAUAUUUGAACUUUAUAUAACUGAUCAUGACUGACCAUUCCAAUCCUUUAAUGUUAAGUUUGUUUCUUAUAAACCACAGAAAAAGUCUGCUAAAGGAAAAGAGAAAAAGCUCAAAAGGAAAGAGGUAAUUAUUGUUAGUAUUUAUGUCCAUACUGUCACUUUGUCAAUGCAGACCAAUAUACAUAGGAAAUUUAUUAAGCUUAUUCUAAAGCUUUAGCGGUGGAUACUUUGCGAAUUGUGCCCAUGUAUUUUGUGCUGGAACUGAUGAACCGUUAACAUAUACAAGAUCAUGUUCUGCAGCAUUUUUCAGUCCUAUAUUACCCAAAAAUCUAUUGCUAAUUAGUAACAUGGCCCUAUUUUUCUUUCGUUUUCUUUCUUUCUUUUUCUUAUGUAUUCUGUCUUAUUUGAAACCCUGGGGGACCCUUACUGUGGAUUCAGGUUGAGCAUUUAAUGACUUUAGUUAUCACAUUCGUUAUCACGGUUGAUUGGUUGCGUUGCGAGCCAAAUUGUCACACGUUGCUAGGUGGGGGAUGAUAGCGUUCUGUCGGAGAAGAGGCGCGUUAAAGAAUGUAAACAUGUUAACCGUAAGCAAGAGCGGUUGCUCUUAUAUCCCGGGAGAACAAAUCCUCUGACCUAAGACAUAUCAUCGUCGAUAAAAUCAUUGAUGGAGGAGGUAACCCACUAACAAUGAUAUUUCCCGGUCGAUUUGUAAAUUUAGUGAGUGUCAAACAUGCGUCCGUGUUAGCUCGCGAACCUCUGCUCCCGUCUCAGCCAUGUUUUCUACUCUGUGAAUAUCCAGUAUCUACGGCCGGGCGAAGCGAAUUCAAAGACUCUUAUUCUGAUGCUCUUAGCUCCUUUGUCUAACAAACCGUUCAUCUGCAAGCUGAAAUACUUUCUGGACAAAUCUACACGUCGACAGUUUCAUCUUCCUUUACUGUAAGUCGCAAUGGAUUCAUCCUUCGGAGAUGGCGCACCUCGUUCACAAUGCGUUCUACGAAUUUGCUGUAUUCCAGGCUUAUAAGCUCUUCUUCGACAAUAUGUACUGGAGUUAUUCUUUUUGUAGAAUAGUAGGAGUAUUCUAUCGUGAUUUCAAUCACCAUGACAUACAGAUCGAUCAGACAAGGCACCUUUUCCCAGAUAGAACGAUAUCAUCCCCGCCUAGCAACACCUGACAAUUUGCCUCGCAACGCAACCAAUCAACCGUGAUAACGAACGCGAUAACUGACGUCAUUAAACGCUCAACCUGAAUCCGCAGUAUGUAAAAGUAAUAGGGAUGCCCCUCAUCCCAUCGGUAAACUGUUAUUUUGUUACAAGUUGUUGCAGUACAAACUGAAGAAGAUUCGAUACAUUCGUUAAGUCGGUUUGAUCUAGUGGAGGUUGUUUCAAUACAACCAAAACAACUUGCCAACUUUUGAAGAUUUAGUUGAUAAUUAUAACACAAUUAAAAGCCUGUAGCAGUUAAAUGUUUCUCUUUAGUCACGAAAAACGAACUACUAGGUAAGUACAAUUUGGUUCAACCACGCUUGAACCAACUAUAAGGGAUGCUCGUUAUACACAAAUCACCAACAGUUAACAAUUUGGUCUAAAAAAUGCAAUCAAUAUGUAAGUGGACUGUCAUGAGAGACAGUUGAUAAACAAAACCCUUUGAUUAGUUGUUUACAAUCAUUGUUUGUAUAUAACGUUUAUUAUAAGUGUUCUUUAUAGGUAACCUUUCCUGUUUUUAAUUUUGAACUUGUGGUCGAUUUCCAGCACUACUGUAUUGUAAGGGACAGACCAUUAAGAAAACUUAUAGGGGCAGGGUGAAGCACAGGGGAAGAUUAACUGAAAAAUUCAUGCAUGCUAAGUAACCCUAAAAAAAUAUUUUUGCUCUGGACUAAAAAAAAUUCAUACAAGGGAAAUGUUAACGAAAAUAUUCAUGCAGCUCAAAAAUUUCCCAUUCCCCAUAACUUUUCUAAUGGUCCAUCCCUAACAGUCAGUGGACAGUGAGCUCUUUAAUUAAAAGAUUUUUUUUCAAUAUCAUUAAAGGUUUUUUUGCAACCAAUUAAAAUCAUUGGUUGGUAUGUGUCUAUGUAAUAGUUUAAAUUGAAAGUCAAUCAGUUUGGUGCUUCCUGUGAAAUUAUGGUGCCAUAAGAUAGGUGGGUUCUUCUUGGUCUGAGUAGUUACUGUCUUGAAGCCAUUUUUGUUGGUUUUUACCUGGGGUUAAAUUUUUGGCUCUGAUCAGUUUUUUGUAAAUUAAUGGACCCAGCUUUUCUCUUUUAACAAUUUUUUCACUUAAUGUUACAAAGUCAUAGUCUCUUGUUGCAGCAAUAUCGGACCAAGUGAUGCUUGAUCCCUACUAUUUUGAUCGAGGCUUAGCUAUAAAUAGGUGAAAGGUGUGUAUGAGCACUCAUUCAACUAGCUUCCUAGCACCUGCAUGCAAUUUCAGUUUGAGAUUAUUACACAAGUUUUCUUCCAUGGAUCUUUACUUGCAUCUCAUGGUCCAAUCCUGUCUAACCAGCGUGCAAAGAAAGUUGUGUCCAGUAGCCCGGAGUUAGUGGAUUUUGCUACUGGACUAGUGAUUUUUGUUCUUAACUUGCUCGACGGGCAAGUGCUGUUUUUUAAGGAAAUUCAAAUUACAGAAGCAUUGUAAUCAAUCCUGCUAAUCAAAAAGGGUUUUGGGGCUAGUGGAAAUGACUUCUGGGCUAGUACAUGCUAUCUACAGCUUGCCCAAAUGGCAGGAUGUAAAAACUGACUUUCUUUGCACCCUGCUGCCUGCAUCUAGCGGCGGGACCCACACGUCCCCACUUGUAAUAUUAAAUAAGUACAUAAGAAUGACUAUUUUAUUUAACUUAACACCAUCUAAAAUUUAUUGACUUUCAAGGGACGGGUGUCACUUGGACAACCCACAUGUCCCCGCUUGUAAUAAGUACAGUAGAAUCACUAUCUUAUUCAGCUUAACAACAUUUAAAAUUGACCUUCAAGGGGUGGGUGUCACUUGGACAACCCACAUGUCCCCACUUGUUUUUAGUACAUCAGAAUCACUAUCUUAUUUAGCUUAACAACAUUUAGAAUUGACCUUCAAGGGGUCGGUGUCACUUGGACAACCCACGUGUCCCCGCUUGUAAUAAGUACAGUAGAAUCACUAUCUUAUUCAGCUUAACAACAUUUAAAAUUGACCUUCAAGGGGUGGGUGUCACUUGGACAACCCACAUGUCCCCGCUUGUUUUUAGUACAUCAGAAUCACUAUCUUAUUUAGCUUAACAACAUUUAGAAUUGACCUUCAAGGGGUCGGUGUCACUUGGACAACCCACGUGUCCCCGCUUGUAAUAAGUACAGUAGAAUCACUAUCUUAUUCAGCUUAACAACAUUUAAAAUUGACCUUCAAGGGGUGGGUGUCACUUGGACAACCCACAUGUCCCCGCUUGUUUUUAGUACAUCAGAAUCACUAUCUUAUUUAGCUUAACAACAUUUAGAAUUGACCUUCAAGGGGCGGGUGUCACUUGGACAACCCACGUGUCCCCGCUUGUAAUAAGUACAGUAGAAUCACUAUCUUAUUCAGCUUAACAACAUUUAAAAUUGACCUUCAAGGGGUGGGUGUCACUUGGACAACCCACAUGUCCCCGCUUGUUUUUAGUACAUCAGAAUCACUAUCUUAUUUAGCUUAACAACAUUUAGAAUUGACCUUCAAGGGGCGGGUGUCACUUGGACAACCCACGUGUCCCCGCUUGUAAUAAGUACAGUAGAAUCACUAUCUUAUUCAGCUUAACAACAUUUAAAAUUGACCUUCAAGGGGUGGGUGUCACUUGGACAACCCACAUGUCCCCGCUUGUUUUUAGUACAUCAGAAUCACUAUCUUAUUUAGCUUAACAACAUUUAGAAUUGACCUUCAAGGGGCCGGUGUCACUUGGACAACCCACGUGUCCCCGCUUGUAAUAAGUACAGUAGAAUCACUAUCUUAUUCAGCUUAACAACAUUUAAAAUUGACCUUCAAGGGGUGGGUGUCACUUGGACAACCCACAUGUCCCCGCUUGUUUUUAGUACAUCAGAAUCACUAUCUUAUUUAGCUUAACAACAUUUAGAAUUGACCUUCAAGGGGCGGGUGUCACUUGGACAACCCACAUGUCUCCGCUUGUAAUAAGUACAUCAGAAUCACUACAACAUUUAUCUUAUCAACAUUUGAAAUUGACCUUCAAGGGGUGGGUGUCACUUGGACAGCCCACAUGUCCCCACUUGUUAUAAGUACAUCAGAAUCACUAUCUUAUUUAGCUUAACAAGAUUUAAAAUUGACCUUCAAGGAGCAGGUGUCACUUGGACAACCCACAUGUCCCCACUUAUUAUAAGUACAUCAGAAUCACUAUCUUAUUUAGCUUAACAAGAUUUAAAAUUGACCUUCAAGGAGCGGGUGUCACUUGGACAACCCACAUGUCCCCACUUGUAAUAAGUACAUCAGAAUCACUAUCUUAUUUAGCUUAACAUUUAAAAUUGACCUUCAAGGGGUUGGUGUCACUUGGACAACCCACAUGUCCCCGCUUGUAAUAAGUACAUUAGAAUCACUAUCUUACUUAGCUUACCAACAUUUAAAAUUGACCUUCAAGGGGCGGGUGUCACUUGGACAACCGACAUGUCCCCGCUUGUAAUAAGUACAUUAGAAUCACCAUCUUACUUAGCUUAGGAACAUUUAAAAUUGACCUUCAAGGGGCGGGUGUCACUUGCACAACCCACAUGUCCCUACUUGUAAUAAGUACAUUAGAAUCACUAUCUUACUUAGCUUAGCAACAUUUAAAAUUGACCUUCAAGGGGCGGGUGUCACUUGGACAACCCACUUUUCCCUGCUUGAAAUAAGUAAAUCAGAAUCACUACCACAUUUAUCUUAUCAACAUUUGAAAUUGACCUUCAAGUGGUGGGUGUCACUUGGACAACCCACAUGUCCCCUCUUCUUAUAAGUACAUCAGAAUCACUAUCUUAUUUAGCUUAACAAGAUUUAAAAUUGACCUUCAAGGUGCAGGUGUCACUUGGACAACCCACAUGUCCCCACUUGUAAUAAGUACAUCAGAAUCACUAUCUUAUUUAGCUUAACAUUUGAAAUUGACCUUCAAGGGGCGGGUGUCACUUGGACAACCCACAUUUCCCCGCUUGUAGUAAGUUUAUAAGAAUCACUAUCUUACUUAGCUUAGCAACAUUUAAAAUUGACCUUCAAGGGGUUGGUGUCACUUGGACAACCCACAUGUCCCCGCUUGUAGUAAGUUUAUAAGAAUCACUAUCUUACUUAGCUUAGCAACAUUUAAAAUUGACCUUCAAGGGGCGGGUGUCACUUGGACAACCCACAUGUCCCCGCUUGUAAUAAGUACAUUAGAAUCACUAUCUUAUUCAGCUUAACAUUUAAAAUUGACCUUCAAGGGGUUGGUGUCACUUGGACAACCCGCCUGUCCCCGUAUGUACAGUGGAACCCCGUUAAUACGGUCACCAAUGAGCCAAAAAAAUUUGAUUGUAAUAAUGAGUAACCGAACUAAAGUGGGUUUCUUUACAAGAAAAUGUAUGGUCGUUUUUGUCGGUUGCGGCCAAAAAAAAAGGUUGUAAUAAUGAGGUGACCAUAUUACCGAGGUGGCCAUAAGGCGGGGGUUACACUGUAACAAGUACAUCAAAAUCACUAUCUUAUUUAGCUAAACAACAUUUAAAAUUGACCUUCAAGGGGCGGGUGUCACUUGGACAACCCACAUGUCCCCGCUUGUAAUACAUACAUUAGAAUCACUAUCUUACUUAGCUUAGCAACAUUUAAAAUUGACCUUCAAGGGGCGGGUGUCACUUGGACCACCCACAUGUCCCUGCCUGUAAUAAGUACAUUAGAAUCACUAUCUUACUUAGCUUAGCAACAUUUAAAAUUGACCUUCAAGGGGCGGGUGUCACUUGGACAAGCCACAUGUCCCCGCUUGUAAUAAGUACAUUAGAAUCACUAUCUUACUUAGCUUAGCAACAUUUAAAAUUGACCUUCAAGGGGCGGGUGUCACUUGGACAACCCACAUGUCCCCGCUUGUAAUAAGUACAUUAGAAUCACUAUCUUACUUAGCUUAGCAACAUUUAAAAUUGACCUUCAAGGGGCGGGUGUCACUUGGACAACCCACAUGUCCCCGCUUGUAAUAAGUACAUUAGAAUCACUAUCUUACUUAGCUUAGCAACAUUUAAAAUUGACCUUCAAGGGGCGGGUGUCACUUGGACAACCCACAUGUCCCCGCUUGUAAUAAGUACAUUAGAAUCACUAUCUUACUUAGCUUAGCAACAUUUAAAAUUGACCUUCAAGGGGCGGGUGUCACUUGGACAACCCACAUGUCCCCGCUUGUAAUAAGUACAUUAGAAUCACUAUCUUACUUAGCUUAGCAACAUUUAAAAUUGACCUUCAAGGGGCGGGUGUCACUUGGACAACCCACAUGUCCCCGCUUGUAAUAAGUACAUUAGAAUCACUAUCUUACUUAGCUUAGCAACAUUUAAAAUUGACCUUCAAGGGGCGGGUGUCACUUGGACAACCCACAUGUCCCCGCUUGUAAUAAGUACAUUAGAAUCACUAUCUUACUUAGCUUAGCAACAUUUAAAAUUGACCUUCAAGGGGCGGGUGUCACUUGGACAACCCACAUGUCCCCGCUUGUAAUAAGUACAUUAGAAUCACUAUCUUACUUAGCUUAGCAACAUUUAAAAUUGACCUUCAAGGGGCGGGUGUCACUUGGACAACCCACAUGUCCCCGCUUGUAAUAAGUACAUUAGAAUCACUAUCUUACUUAGCUUAGCAACAUUUAAAAUUGACCUUCAAGGGGCGGGUGUCACUUGGACAACCCACAUGUCCCCGCUUGUAAUAAGUACAUUAGAAUCACUAUCUUACUUAGCUUAGCAACAUUUAAAAUUGACCUUCAAGGGGCGGGUGUCACUUGGACAACCCACAUGUCCCCGCUUGUAAUAAGUACAUUAGAAUCACUAUCUUACUUAGCUUAGCAACAUUUAAAAUUGACCUUCAAGGGGCGGGUGUCACUUGGACAACCCACAUGUCCCCGCUUGUAAUAAGUACAUUAGAAUCACUAUCUUACUUAGCUUAGCAACAUUUAAAAUUGACCUUCAAGGGGCGGGUGUCACUUGGACAACCCACAUGUCCCCGCUUGUAAUAAGUACAUUAGAAUCACUAUCUUACUUAGCUUAGCAACAUUUAAAAUUGACCUUCAAGGGGCGGGUGUCACUUAAACAACCUACAUGUUGCUGUUUGUAAUAAGUACAUCAGAUUUACUACGUCAAUAAGCUCAACAACAUUUAAAAUUGACCUUUAAGGGGUGGGUGUCACUUAGACAACCCCUAUGUUCUCCACUUCAUACUCUAGAGCGGAGCCCCUUUACCUAACAAAAUUUGGUUAUCCAUCCAUCUGGGAAAUUUUGGUAAUCACAUGGCGGUAUGUCCGUGUGACUGUCCUUUCACAUCAUAGGCAUACCAAUGUAUGCUUAGUGCGAGUGAUUUAAAACAAAGGAUACAAAUUUCAUUAGAAGAAAAACACAAAAAUUUCAUAGCGGCUAUGAGAAACAUGCGAAAUGCCUGCAGCCAGCAAGGUGAAAAUGAACAGGAGUGAAAAAAAUUGAAUAGGAACACAAGCAACAAAAUUUUUGGUGGGCAAAUACAGCAAUUCCUCCAUAAAAAUAAUGUGUAACCAGGAAGUUAUACGUUUUAGUCGUGCAAAACAGCAAUGUGUCAUGCAAAACAGCAAAGACUUGUACAAAAAAAGUGUGCUGCACAUGCAAAUUUGCUUUUUGUUCAUUAGAUCUAUUGAUUUGGUUGCCUUUCUCAUGGCUGUUGCUGUUUAGCAUUAUACGAUUUUAAUUUUUGUUUAUAAGUAUCUAGUUAACGAGAGCUUCGCUUUUAGCCCUGGCUAAAUCAAUAUAUUAAGUACAUUAGAAUCACUACCUUAUUUAUCUUAUCAACAUUUAAAAUUGAUUUUCAAGGGGCGGGUGUCACUUGGAUAACCCACACGUCCCCGCUUGCAAUAAGUACAUUAGAAUCACUAUCUUAUUUAGCUUAACAACAUUUAAAAUUGACUUUCAAUGGGCGGGUAUCACUUGGAUAACCCACACGUCCCCUCUUGUAAUAAGUACAUUAGAAUCACUAUCUUACUUAGCUUAGCAACAUUUAAAAUUGACCUUCAAGGGGCGGGUGUCACUUGGACAACCCACAUGUCCCCGCUUAUAAUAAGUACAUCAGAAUCACUAUCUCAUUUACGUUAACAACAUUUAAAAUUGACUUUAAGGGGGCGGGUGUCACUUGGAUAACCCACACGUCCUUGCUUGUAAUAAGUACAUUAGAAUCACCAUCUUACGCAUGCAGCGCACUUACACAUGUAUGUAGCGAGCUUCGUUUGGAUUUCCACUGAGAAUGAAUGGAAUUCAUCAAACGCAGUUUGCAACAUCUAUCACUCGUAAUUAAUCAUGCGUGUCUUGGCCUACUAUCAUGUGAAACUAGUGCAAAGCACAGCAUUUUGACCUUCGAUUGUUGUUGCCCGCACUUCAUAACCUUUGGUUAACACUUGUUAUUAUUAUUAUCAUUUUAUUAUUAUUAUUAUUAUUAUUAUUAUUAUCAUCUUUAUUAUGUUUUGUAGAAGGGGAAGGGCUCAAGAGGGUGUAUUUGGGACUAGGACUGGCUAACAAAAACGGUUAGGACUAUGAAACUGGAGGAACAUUUUGGGUAGGGUUACAUGAUUGAAGAAUCUAAGUAGCUACUUAUUUUGACAAUUUUUACAUAGAACAGGAAUUGUUGUGGUUUGGAGAUUCAAUAUAUUGUUAUAACUUCAUUUAUUAAUUAAAUAAUAAUUUAUUAUUGUUUUUUUCUGAAGGAAAUGGCAAAAGUCAGUGCAGCCCAAGCUGUUGUAGAUGUUGCUAAUGAGGUAAAAGUCAUAGCUUCCACUAAAUUUGAAGGUGUAGUGUUACUUUUGUACAGUGUUAAUUAUGGUGCAUAAACAUCAUAGUGUACAAAUGCAGUCUGUAACAUGGGGGCUUGUUUGUUUAGUUUAAGAACUGUUGAGUUUACUUGGUAGCAAAGAUGAUUGUCUAUAGUGGUUGAAAAUCAUGUUAAUUUUUACUGACUGUCUGUCACUGCUGUUUCACACUUUCUAAGGUAGAAGAUCCUCUCGCACCUUUAACAGCUUUUAAGAGUUUCAACAGAAAUGGGUGAGUUACCUUGAAUAUAAAAUCUUAGGAGCACUUCCUGUGAUAUUCCCGUGGUUAAUUUCAAUAAACAGGUUACUUGUCUUUAAAUACAGAUUACAGUCAACUCUUUCUUAGUGGAUACCUACAAGACGGACUCCUCCUCCUUAUGAUGGACAUCUGGUGAUGGUCCCUUCCCACCCAUUUUCCAGUCAUUUUACUUUAACGUAACCCAUGAACCCAUAAAGUGCCUAUGUUUCCUUCCCCAUGUGGAUUCAUGGCCCUUGUACCACUUAUAGCAUCAUUGGUUUUUAUUGUCAUAGCCAACUUCAGCAUUUAAUCAUUGUGGGGGUAAAGAGAUCUUUCAAACCAUAUUCUAAUGUGGGGUUUUCAAAUAGAUGGCAAAAGCUUUGGAGUAGGCGGAGAAGAAAAAAACUUAUGUCACAGGCGCAACUUGUGAGUGCCAAAAGGGCAAGUUAAUAGGGGGGCCUGGGGGCAUGCCUCCCGCAAAAAUUUUACAAUUUGGGCCUCUUUGAGUGCAAUUCCAGAAUUCUGGAGCAAAAAUUAGUGUUUCAACAGAACACAGACAUCAUUAAGUUUUGGCUUUGGGUGGGAGGGGGGAUUUCCAAGGGAAAGUAGGCGGCGAGUUCACAUGAAAUAGCAAGUGAAUUUCGCCAGCCGCCGACUCUUUUUGAGAACCCUGCUAAUGAGCAUGAUUCAGUCAAACAGGCUGGGGACAAAUGAAAAAAAACAGGGCUGUCACUAAGAUUUGAAACUUAUGGGUCUGUGCAGUUAGUGGACGGGUAUUAUUGAACAGUUAGGAAGUUCUUUUGGUUCUAUUUUCGUUUUAUUCCCUAAGAAAGUAGCCAGGGGUCAUACUCAUAGGACAGUCAAACCUCGAUUAUCCAGAGACUUGUUGGGACUUGAGUAAAUAGUCCAGAUAAUCAAGAGUCCGGAUAAUCAAAAACAUGAAUAUUAAUGAGACAAAAAUGUAAACACAGAGAAUAAAGAAAACAAAAUUAAUUGUGAAUUAGCUCCUAUUUGCAUUUAUUUAUGGUCUGUAUGUAUUACCUUCAUGUAAUAUGAAUGAACUUUCAAUCAUGUCAAUUUUUGAAGAUCACAUCUUAUUAAUAUUCAUGACAAAAACUGGCCCAGAGAAACAAGUCCGGAUAAUCAAGGUCCAGAUAACUGAGGUUCAACUGUAGCCGAGGAAAAUCUCUGGUCCUCGGCCCUUAUUGAAAGCCCUGAAAAAAACGUACUUUUACUUCUGAAAGUUGACCCGAAAAUUCCAACAAAAAUCUUGUUCCACUACUCACCUGCACUGCCUUCCAUCUAACCCCUAGCCUUCAAUUCUAAAAGUUUCCCAAAAGACAUGUCCCACCAAAAUGGAACCCAGUAGAUGUCUAGCCAAAAAGAAGAGGGGAACAGAAAAAGUGAAGGGUGAAAGUUGAAGAGGUCGUGCCCCUUUUAACACCAAAGGCUACAGUCAAACCUGUAUAUAACGGCCCUGUAUAACCCAUUAUGGUCACUGGACAACUUCUCAAAAUGUUCAGUUGCCUUAUGUUUUCUGCAGAGUUGACCUGUAUAUAAUGGUUACCCUGUUUAUAACCGUUACCUUGCCAUUUCCUAAGGGUGACCAUUGUUGUACACAGGUUUGACUGUAUCUCAAAUUUUUGCUUUCUGUACAUGCCCAUUCUUCAAAAGCUGAUAUUUAGCAUCACGAAGGGAAGGCUGGAAGUGCUUUACAGUGUACCUUAUUAGUAUAGACAGCAUUUUGGGCAGUUUUGGUUCUUUUUGGCCAGGUGGUGACCAGGAAAUUGCUUGUCUAGCUUCAAGAGGUUUUUUUCGGGAAGAUUUCCAGCAGCAAAUGGGUAAACCGUCUUUAAGAUGGUCAUCUUGCUAAGAUGGCCCCUUUGGGACUGGUUCCAAUGUUUCCAUCUUGUACUUGACUGUAUCCCACAAGUUUUUUUGUUGUGUAUUAGUAAAUUUAUUUUUCUUGUUGAUAAACUGUAGAUUGAAUGUUCAUCUGGAGUGUCAGAGAGUCACCAACAUGAGUAAAGAGGACAUUGACUGGGCUUUUGAUCUCACAAAGCACAAUAUGCAAUUGCUGUAAGACACGAUAUCAACACAUGUAUAACUUAUUGGUCAAAAUUAAAUUCAGGUAAAAAUUUUUAUCGCAGUAUGAUUCUCAAGUUUCCUUGUCUCCCAGCACUAAUUCAUGACUAUUUAGGACUAGCAGGAGACAGGAAAUUGAGAAUCAACCUAGGUUAGAAAAUUUUAACCUGAAUUAAGUUUGACCUGUAACAUCAUAUCCUAUUUUAUUCUCUUUCCACGUGAUGGCUUAUUAAAGAUUAUGUGUUUAUGUUGUUUUGAUUUUAAGAGAUUUUUUUUUUCAUUUCUUAGUUAUGAAAAUAGCAGCUGGGGUUGGAGUGACAAAAAGAAGAGAGAUGAAAUGACUGAAGAUAAAGCUUGGUAAUGGCUCAUAUCUGUUAGGCUAUAUUUUGCAAAGCCCUAAGAAGAGGAAGUGCCUUUAUUGCUAUACAUUCAUUCACACAGUGUUCACUUAACCUGUUACAAGGCAGGAGAUCAAGUUUAGACGAUCUCCGCUUCAUUCUAAAUAGAUGUAAAGAACAUCAGAAGGAGGACUUCCUUAGCCCCAAGUAACUUCUGAUUACUUACUAGCUUAACAAUGUAUUUGCUUUAGAAACAAAAGAAGAAUUUGAAAUAGGUCAAGAGUCCUUUACCUGUACAUUUACUGCCAUAUUUCAUGCAACUCUUAAACCAUUCUUGGGUGAAUUCAGGAGUUCUCCUGAUUUCAAAAAGCACUUGUACCUUAUAAACAGCCCACUCUGGUUUUCUCUUUGAUUAAAAACCAACAUUUCCAAAUUCCAGUUUCAUCUGAAACACACGAACACCUGUGAAACAAGUUGGUAAGAGCUCUUGGGUGUUCUGUGGGUAAACAAAAUCAAGUUUUUUUUUUACAUCUAGGAAAAAGAUUUAUGUAGUUGCUCAUCAGCUUAAAUGUUUUGUACCGUACAUUCUCGAUUAAACACCGGGUCACUUCCGAUUUUUGAAUAAACGUUGGAGGUGUUUAAUCGGGGCCCUGGCGUUUGAUCGAGACCCCGAAAUUUAUUUGCGGUCAAGGUCGCAAGGACCGGUUACAAAUAUGAUCUCUUGAAUAGCACUGUUACGACAUACAUGUACCAAGUACAGUUUGUUGUUUUGGUAUUUUAAUAAAUGUUCAAAGGCAAAACUCCGGCGUAACAUAGGAUGGAUUCUUCACAAGAUUUACGGUAAAAUAAUACGGUAACUUUGGGUAAUGUACAUACGGUAAUCAUCCUCGGAGAUCUAGUAGCCUGCAUUAAGCCCAAAACCCUCUUUCCCUUCCAUUUCGAACGGCUGCCACGCAGGCUAGAGAUCUAGAGGCCGGACGAAGGGGAAAAUCGUCCCACCCUGACUUACUGCCCCUGGGUCUUCGAGGAUCCGUAAUGAUAAAUCAACCUGAAAAAAUGACAGAAAAUUGCAUAUCUUUGAUAAACGCCGGAAUCGAUAAAACGGCGGGUCAAAUGCAAUACCGCCAAUUUUUAAAUAAAGGCCAGAGGCGUUUAAUCGAGAAAUUGCGGUACCCAGAAAAACCUCUCAGAACAAGGGCAGAAACCUACAAAAAACCCAACCCACAUUUGAGAUCAUUUCUAAGAUUCAAACCUAGGCCACAAUGGUGGGAGCCACUGCACCGCCCUUGCUACCAAAAUGAAAGCUGGAUGCUAUUUUCAGCUUUUUCAGAGAUCUUUUUUAGUAGUAACAAAGGUUGACAUUUUUUCUCCCAUGUUUUAUCAGGUAUCUAGUGGCAAAAUGUGAAUCAGGAAAAGCCAUAGGAUUUUCGCAUUUUAGAUUUGAUUUGGACGAAGGAGAUGAAGUUCUUUAUUGGUAGGUCAUUAUAUUUUCCAAGCACAUUAAUACUGAAAAAUUAACGCACGUUUGUGAGCUUUUUUCAUGUAAUUGUGAAAUUGUAGGUGAGUUGUGAGUGACUUAAAUUUAUGCAGCACAGCAGGACUUUCCAAUGUCAUUAGAGUUCUAUUUUUUUUCGUAGUUAUGAAAUUCAACUGGAAUCUAAUGUACGCGGCAAAGGUCUUGGCAAGUUCCUCAUGCAAAUAUUGGAGAUGAUGGCACAUAGGUUGGUUACGGACUGAAUUUUUAUCAUCAUGCAGGGCUGUCAUUAAGUUUUGAAGUAGCCGUAGCAAAUCAAGAUUCACCCGUAACAUCUCACAAAAUUUAUAGUGCCACCUUUUGCUUUCCACUUUAAUCACUCGUAACAUCAAGUGAGAGCAGCUGUAACAGGUGUUACAGGUUACGGCCCUUAAUGACAGCUCUGUCAUGUACCUUGGCAGAGGUACUUUUAGGUACUAAGGGCGUAAAAGUUUGAAGAAAUUGCUUUUUUCUUUCAGAGCACAAAUGAAAAAGGUGAUGCUGACUGUGUUUAAAGGUAUGUUAUUAACUUGGCCUAUGUGAUGUUAGAUUGGUUUGUGUGCAAUCGUUUCCUAUAACUGUCUUCACUAUGACUAGUCCUGUUAAUGACAGUCAAGCCCGUUUGAUACGUGCAUAAAUUAAAUAUUCUUUAAACAGUUUUAGUUUGUAGUUUUCUUGUGUGUUGUCCAUUAUUCCAAGUUAUUUCCUGUACCUAAAUCCUGUAGUGUAGGAUUGAUGAAUAGCUAGAUCCUCAAGGUAAAUCAUGUACGCUACAAUGAGCAAUUUCUGCCUUGCUUUUCUGCAGAAAAUCAAACCUAUUGUUUCCCUAGUCUAAAGCUUGAAACACACCUGCAUUUCACAAAUAUAAUUAUUCUCAACCUUCUCAAUGCUCUUUACUCAUUGUUUUAAUUAAUGGUUUAUUUCCUUAGAAAAUGAAAGAGCUAUCAACUUCUUCGGUAAAAUAAUGAAGUAAGUGGAUAACAUAACGGCAACACAGUGGACACGUUAUAUUUACAAUGCAUCACCAACAUAUUUUAAGUGCUUCCUGAAAUAAGCCCCAUAUGCCCUUACAACUCUGCAGAGCUCAUCAAUUUUUAUUGUUUUUGGACAUUUUAAUGCUAAAUAUUAUUUCUGUUCUUGUAAAUUUGUGGAUCUGGGAGGGGUCAUAGACCUUAACUAAAAAAAGUUUAACCGUAGUUGCAGGAUUUCCUAAUGGAUCCACUGGGUGGGGUAGGAGUUGGUUAAAGGGUGUGGCCAUUUUGGGGAUCAGUCUAGACGUCUGUCUAAAGUGAUGGUAAAUGUGAUGAUCGCAUCUCAGGGCUGUGCUCUAGGAGAGCCUGGUGGCCCCUGGCGCCUAACGUUUGCCCUCGGGCGACUAGACUACUUUUUUCAAACAGAUCCUAUGCUGAGCACUCCAGAUUUUACAGGCUCUGAUCACUCGGUUCCCUUCAAUUUUCCUUAGAGCACAGCCUUGACACAUUGUGGAUUGGCCGCCAAGGUGUAGAAGCCUACAGCAGUUGGAUACCUUAAAAUUCCGAAAAUAAGCCCCGGGGCUUAUAUUUUGGAAAGGCCCUUUUGAGGGGCUUAUCUACGAAGGGAAACUUGCGUUUCAACAUCGAUUGGGCUAGCCUUAUAGUUGGAAGUAAAUUUACCGUUUUUGCUUUGUUUAGUUUGUCUUUGAAGUACAAGCUCCCGGAGGGGCGGGGGGGGGGGGGGACUAUUUUUGGGGGGGGGGUUUUAAGGGGGGGGGGUUUUGGGGGGGAUUUUAAGGGGGGGGGUUUAUAUAGGGGGGGGUUUUUUUCGGGAUUUUAACGAUGGGGGAGACGGUUUUUACGGGUAUUUAAAAGAAAUAUUUUUGCCUAGGUUUUGUUAGCCGGUUAACACUGGUUAACACCAAAAAUACAGUCCCAGUGUGGUGGAUUUCGUGGGCGCGGGGUAGUUGGGAGUUGUGUUGCGGGAGGUUUCAUGGAGGCUCUGUGAUAGACAGUAGAAUGCUAUGCGCUUUAGUGAGCGGGGGCAGUGGGCUUAUAUUUGGAGGGGCGAUUUAACGGAGGGUUGGUUUCAGGGGGCUUGUAAUUGGAGGGGCUUAUACAUGGAGGGGCUUAUUUUCGGAAUUUUACGGUAUGGGAAGACGUCUAUGAUCGUAUAUAACCAGAAGAUAUUUGACGACGGUUUGAUAACCAGGUAACACCUGGUAACACCACAAAGUACAUCACAGGUUAGCCAAAUAUCAGCUUCAUCAGAUUUGGCGAAAGAGCGAACAAACUAUUGAUGAUUUUAUGAUAUGCUGUCGGAAUCAGGCUUCAAAGUGCAAUAAAACAAAAGAAAGUUCAAAAAGGCCUUUUAAAAAAAGGUGAAAUACUAUCGCUUGAAGAACCAAUUAGCAUUGCUCGAACACACGAAGCUACCCUGUUACAAUUUGAGCAGUUGGCAUGGGAUUGAAACAAGGAUGUUCAUGGAAUCAAAAAGAGCGCCAGCAAUAGUAACAAGUAUAUGCAGUGCCCUAACUCUGGUCUAGAACAUUCUUGAACAACCACAGAAAGUUGUCCCGCAUAUGAAUCUGAGUGCCUAAAUUGCCGGAAACCCAACCAUUGAGCAAGAGUAUGUCGGAAACCAUGGAGGUUCGAGGAGUAGGAAAUUUCAGAUCAAGGCAUAGAUCUAAAGGCAGAGACCUUCAAGGUUGAGGAAGGUCUUUAGAUGCUGGACACAGAGACAAGUUGGCAGUCGAUUUAAAUGAGCAAUUUGAGUCAAUUGCUUUCAAAUCAAUUGAAGCUGGUGCUUUUGAUCCUCCAAAACGAAAUGACAAGAAAGAUGAAGUGUUUUUUAAAGUAAAUAUGGACCUCCGCACCAAAAGCACUUCAGGUUGGACACAAAAGCGUAAGGAAACCCUUUGCUUUUAGAUUGUUUCCAUAUGUUUCCUCAGAAUCUACCGGCGGAUGAUCUUCCUAAGCAUGGAGCGCUAGCGUACUCCCCUACUCCCCCUACAGUACUGUCAGCUUUUUGUGGUGCCAAGCUUAGACCAUAUGGAACGUCCUGGAAUCGCAUGUAAAUUCUAAGGCCGAAAAACUGUGUCCACCCUUUUUGUUACUGAAGCAGAAGGUCCAAAACCUGAAGGAGCCACACCCGAGACAGGCACACCCUCACGAUAGGGUAUAUCCAGAAACCCACUCCUUAAAGUCAUGGGUGAUUUGGCGACAGAUAACCUGAUUGUUUCAGUGUAAUUGGAAAGUUUCAGAGCCAAUACCAUAUUACAGUGAUAAGUCAGUCCCCACAGUGGUCAGUAAACGAACUUCCUCUGUUGGUUCAACCCUGUUGAUCCUGCUUGGAAGAGAUGUCUGCCGAAGACAAUCUUGGGAUAAAUUUUAUCAAAACUUCAUGCCAGUCACCAUGGUACUGAGAAGACCAAAUUGAGGGCACACAUCAGUAUUCGGGAGAAAUCUAAACAAGGACAUUGAAGAACUGACCAAGACAUGCAAAGUCUGUCAGGAACUCCAACCUAGGCAUUCAUGGAAACCCCUAGUUCAGACCGAGGUACAACAAAGGACCUUGGUACACAGUGGGAACUGAUCUGCUCUACGUGGGCGAUAAUGAGUACCUGAUUAAUUUCUCUUUUCUUAAAAAGAUACGCAGACUCCAGAGCACAAAGUAAGGUUGUCGUUGAUUUAACAAAGCAAAUCUUCACUGGGCAAGGCAUUUCACGAACUGUCAGGUCAGAGGAUGGCCCACACUUCCAUGGCUACUAUCGUCAAUUUGCAAAGGAAUACAGGCUCAUCCACGUUACAAGUUCUCUCAAUUAUCCGAAGAAGCACUAUUACGAUCUACACACCAAGGCGUCACCAAAGUCUCGAACCAGGUCAGAAGAUAGCAGUUGAGAACCUGAGAACCCAGGAAUGGAAGCCAGUGGUGAUACAAGGCAAGAUCCAGGGAAUUCCAAGAUCUUGCGUAGUCUCCAUACGAAGCGACAGAGAGUUGCGGCACAAUUAGUCGCAGAUCCGAGGGUCACUUAUAGAGGUCCAGACUACAGAGACAGAUGGGUCAGGUUUAAUUAGGGAGCAGCUCAGCUUCAGGAACAGACAGGCAGGCAACGGAGUUGAGAGCAAACCAGAGUGUUAGUCCAGACACAGGCAGCCCAGCCAAACUAUCAUCUUAGGCCCAGGUUCCCGGGGUCAUUAUCUAACGCGCUGUGGACAAAUUGUCAAAGCCUCACUAGUUUAACCUCUAAGGCUGUACUUCGCUUUCUGUAGAACUUUAUCCCAAUUUCUCUCUUCAAACUGUUUGUAAUUGAAGAUUGAUUUUUCUAUGUUGUUCUUGUUUUUUCUUUUUGGUAAAUGGGGUAUGUGAUGAUUGCAUCCUAUUGUCAUUAUAAUAGGUUUUUCGCAUGCUAGGGAGGCGAUUAAUAUCUCCAUAUCGGUAGUUUAUAAUAGGAUUAUGGAUUAUCAUGUGCUAAGGAGUCAAUAUAUAUUUGCAUCGUUAACACUGUGUGCGCUUCCGUAGAAACUUAAAUAUACUAUUUCAUAUAUUACGCCUCCUUGUACGUUCGUCGGUCAACAGUAAACAUAUAAAGCUUACUCUAAAAAUAUAUAUCUCAAAACAGAUAAAGGCGCUAAUUAAUGUUCGUGCUCUAGGCAAUUUUUUGUGCAUCUCGUAUCGCUUUAAUACUGCAAGACAAGUUGCAAGAAAACUACCUUUUCUAAGGGUGCCAUUAAAAAAUCUCGAAAGCUUCCACAUUUUAACGAUUAUUAUUGCUUUGUCUUUGAAUGGGAGAUCGUCCUCCAAGAUUUAUUUUUCUUUGUCUUUCUUAGGUUUCAAACAGAUGAGACUUCUCCAGCUAUCUGGGAUCCCAUGAAUCCUGAAGAUUACUGUUAUGAUAUUCUCAGUAAAACACUCAUACGAAAGACCUCUGCAACCACUACAACAGAGGGAACAAGCAUCUGA